CCCGUUAUUUAGAGAGGCAGAUGAUUUGAAUGCCGAGCUAUAACCAACCUGUCAACAGCUCCCCUUUCUUCUAUCUGAUUUUGUGGUUGUGCGGCAAUUGAAGUGGGGGAAAGAGAGAGGAAUACAUGGCUGGCAAUGCAGGGAGGAAGGGUCAUGUUGUGGUAGUAUCAUACCCAGCAGUAGGCCACAGCAAUCCUAUGCUACAGUUCUCUAAGAGCUUGGCUUCCAGAGGUGUGCUUGUUACCUUCGUCACUUUCAACUUUUAUCAGGCGAAAGUAAUACAAGCCAUGGAGUGUCUGCAACGACUCAAUCUGGACGUACGCUUUGAAUGCAUUCCAGGCGGUCUUUUCGAAGAGAAACCCACUCUCGAUACAAGCAUCAAUCUUUCUGUGUUUCUGCACAUGCAGAACAACAUGGACGGCUCGGGACUCGAACACCUGAUCCGGCGACUCAGUGCUGACGCUCCUCCUGUGUGCUGCAUAAUUUACAAUUCGUUUCUUCCUUGGGUUCGACAUGUUGCAAAUAAGUUCAAGAUUCCUCAGGCUCUGUUCUGGACGCAAUCUGCUGCUGUUUUUUCAAUUUACCAUCACUUUCAGAAAGGUUCGAUGACGACCACUGUACUAAUACUAUUUUAUUUUUGCUCUAGCUUUACCAAACUUUCCUCUGAUUGUGACGGAGAGGGGUGGGAUUGUACCAGAAUACCCGAAAACGUCAUCAUCCCUGGCCUUCCUGAGCUAAAAAUGUGCGAUAUACCCUCGGCAUUUAGGGAUACAAGCGGAUUCGUCAAUUAUUAUCUGCGGCAGUUGGAGAGCGUGAAAGAUGUCUCCUGGGUGAUUGCCAAUACUGUAUAUGAGCUAGAGCGUGAGACAAUCGAUUCCAUAAGGUCGGCAUCUAUUCCCUUCCUGCCAAUCGGCCCUUCCAUACCAUUGGCUUUUCUGCAAGGGCGAAAUUCAGAGGACACGCAGGUGGGCACGAAUCCUUGGAAGGCAGCCGACUGUAUGGACUGGCUGAACAAAAAGCCUCCCCUGUCCGUUGUAUACAUUUCAUUCGGCACUGUUGCAGUCAUAAGCGCAGAGCAAAUCCAAGAGCUGGCUGUGGACAUUCAACAAAGUGGCCAAAACUUCAUUUGGGUGAUCAGGGCUCCUCCAGGGCAAGGAAAAAUUGGGGAAAUAUUGCCGGCGGGAUUUUUGGAGGAAACCCAGGAAAGGGGUUUGGUGGUGGAGUGGUGUGUUCAGCUGGAUGUGCUGUCUCAUCCAUCGGUGGGAUUGUUCAUGACCCACUGCGGUUGGAAUUCCACGCUAGAUGCUCUCAGCUUGGGCGUUCCCACGCUCACAUUGGGAAUUCUUAGCGAUCAGCCUACUAAUUCGAAGUUUGUGACGGAUGUGUGGAAGACUGGAUUGAAAAUGAGGACGCGAGAUGAUGGUGUUCUGGGAAGGGAGGAGAUACAGAGAUGUAUUAGAUUGGCGGCCAUUGAAAGCGAACAGGGAAAACAGCUAAGAAACAAUGCCUUGAAAUGGCGGGAAUUGGUAAGAAGUGCUGCAAGUGAUGGAGGUUCGUCUCACAUUAACUUGAACGCAUUUGCCGAGGAGAUCUUUUCAAAAGCCAAAGAAUUGGCAAGUCUACACGGAAAUUAGGGGCAUCCUAGUCCCCAAACAGGGUGACCAAGGCAUGCAUAG